AUGCCCCAGUUCUUAGUUGACGAGGCCCAGAUAGCAGACAAACAAUGCUUUGACCCGAAGAAGCACCUCAACUUCAGUCCUCCCAGCAAAAUCUACACCAUGGAAGAGAUCGGACUGGAUGGCCAGGGAAUCUCCCCUACUGCAGUGACGGCGCCUUUCCAGCUCUUUACGGAAGAAGCCAUUCGACAGAUGAGAGCGGAGAUCUUCAGUCUCCCUGUUUUGGAGAACUGUCGAUAUACAUCGCCUUUUAUCAAGAAUACCAUUCGGGGAAUGGGUCCUGCGCGAGCACCAUUCACCUGUGAUGCCUGGAACUCGUCCGAUCUUCUUGCCAGAAUGUCCGAAGUGGCUGGUGUUGACCUUAUUCCCGCGAUGGAUUAUGAAAUCGCUGCCAUCAAUAUCUCCGUGAACGAUCAAACUGUAGCAAUUACAAACAACGGUACAUCUGACUCUGAUGAUGGACUGCCAGUUUUUGCGUGGCACCGCGAUAGCUAUCCUUUUGUCUGUGUCACCAUGCUCUCUGACUGCACCGGUAUGACGGGUGGAGAGACUGCCCUGAAGACGGCCAGCGGGGAGAUUAUGAAAGUGCGCGGUCCUGCAAUGGGAACUGCUGUUGUCAUGCAAGGACGAUAUAUCGAACAUCAAGCACUCAAAGCACUCGGUGGCCGUGAGCGUAUCAGCAUGAUCACCUCGUUCCGGCCAAAGUCGCCAUUUAUCAAAGACGAAAGCGUGCUGACUGGUGUGCGUCCCAUCAGUAAUGCAUCGGAACUGUAUGCCCAGUUCAUCGAGUAUCGAGUUGAGAUUCUGCAGGAAAGGCUUCGAGAGUUGCAGAAGAAGGAAAGACAGCGGGAGAGAGCCAACCGUCCGUUUGACACGGUGGAAGUCAAGAGGAUUCUGAAGGAGCAGAGGGACUUUAUGGAUUCUACGAUUGCAGAGCUUCUUGUAUAG